AUGUCUCAAAGCAAAGUCUACCCCCAAGAAGGCCCUAGCGCUGUCUCUCAUUUAACUGUCCCUUCGCGCUCUAUUCGCGCUUCCGGGUGUCUCCUUAAUGAAGAGGAGGCAGCAGCAAAUGAAGAAAUGCAUGACGAAACAGCAUUAAAGCAGCAGCAGCAGCAGCAGCAGCAGCAGCGGAUGGCUUCUUCUGCUGUGGGGGGCCCCACACUGGGGAGCUCAGCAAGGGGAUCGCGUCUCCCGAGGUCUCCUAUUAGCUACAGAGACAGUGGUAGGCCGGGUGUAUGUGCAGCAGCGCCUCAGGGGUCUGAUGCUUCGUUGCUGUCUCCUGCUGCAGCAGGUGCUUCCGCGCCCUUAAAGAAUGGUUCUGCUGUACAGGAAGAGACAGCAGCAGCUUGCUGCAGCAGCAGUUCUAUGCGUAACUCCUUGUCUUACAUGGAAGCUGCAGCAGCAGAUUCUGCUGCUGCCGGUGCCGUUGCUGCUGCUGCUGCUGCUCCUGCUUGGGGCGGAGUAGAAGGGUCUAUUAACAGCAGCAAGAGAGGAGGAGACAGCCGAUGCAGCAGCAGACGACAGCAUAGUGGGAGCAACCGCAGCAGCAGCAGGAGGCGGCGCAGCCGGAGUCGUAGCCGUAGCAGCAGCAGCAGCGGCGGCAGCAGCAGCGGCAGCGGAAGCCGCAGCAGCAGCCAGAGCAGCAACAGCAGCAGCGGCCCCCUCAGCAGCAGCAUAGCUCUUGAUGUUGAGGCUCUUAAUAAAGCUUCUUAUACGAGGGCCCCCCUAGGGUCUUUUAAAGAAGCAUUAGUGUGUAUGAAGCUGAGAGAGUUUGCACGGUCUCAUCACGGUGUCUUCGGUCUAUGUACGAAGAACGAAGUAAUUAGCUGGAUAUUUUUUGUUCAGUUUCUUGUUGUCUUGGUUGCUCUAAUGUCUCUUGAAGAUGGAGACAGCAGCAGCAGCAGCAGCAGCAGCAGCAGCAGCAGCAGCAGCAGCAGCAGUGGGGAAGGAGGGGGAUCUUUGUGGGAGUGUGUUCCCCCCUGCAGCAGCACGGGGAUGUAUCUUGAAGCGCAUGGACAUUCUCUUCGGCAGCAGCUGCAGUUUUGGCUGCGAUCUCUGUUCUUCUGGUGGCGCAGCAGCAGCAAAGGAGGAGGCCUCGGAGCUGUCUCCGUCGUCUUCUAUGUCGGCCAGGUAGACAGCGACUGUCUCCCUCACGGCUUUGGUCGCUGGCACUCGGAUGCAUUUCACGGGGAGUCUCUUGUGGGGUACUGGCAUCAUGGCCAGCCAAUGGGGCCGUUUAAGAGCAGAGAGUUCGGCACGGGCUCAGGCUUCAUGUGCAUCCGCAUAGCCUGGUGCAGAGCAAGGAAAGGCCCUCUAGGCUUUGAUACUUCCUUUGGUGUAUCUGAUGCGGAGUGUUGCGUGAGCGGCGCAUUUUUCCGGACAUUUCCGCGAGUGACGAUGUACUCAGUAGAAGGGCAUUUAAGCGAAGAGACGGUGCAGCAGCAGCUAUUAAAUAUAGCUAAAGAUCUCAUGGGUUAUAGAAAACCGACAGCAACUCUUGUAGAUCUAAGCGGAGGUGCUUCUGGUUCUCGUCUAAAGGCUCAGGCCUCGAGACUUCCUGCUGCAGUUCGACGAAAAGCACAGGGCUUCUUUAAAUGGCGAUCGGAUCACCAGAAGAAAAAAAUCAGCAAAGAAGAACGAUAUAGAGAGUGCAUUAAACUUGUCAUUGAUAGGAUGGAUCCUCAUCUACCUAACUUUGGAUUAGCAGAUAAGACAGAGCUGCACAUCACCGUUGACGCCGAGCAAGGUCUUUAUGUCGGGGGUUGGGUACCAGCAGCAGAGCUGCUGCCAGUAGCAGCAACAAAAGAAGGUGCGCAGCAAGAGCCGAAUCUAACAGCAGCAAAUUCUAUUGAAUCUUCACAAACUAUUAAGGGGGGCCCCCAGGGGGCCCCCCAGGGGCCCCCUCCCCCAGGUACCCCCAAGGGGGGCCCCACAGGGGGCCCCCAGGGGCCCCUAACAAAUAGCCCAAGGGAGGGGGCCCCCGGGGGCCCCUCAGUAAUAGAUAUGGGUGGGGGUAGAGGUGUAGGGUUUGAUGCUGUUAAUGAAGAAAGAAAUAUAAGAGGGAGAGACAGAGAGCAUACAGUGCACCUGCAAGUUAAAAGAAAAGUCUCACCAUCACAAACAAAGGCUAAGGGGUUGCAUCAGAGGCUAGGGCAUGCCCUGCAAGUAAAACAAAACAUAAAGCAAGCAGACAUUAGAAGAAGACUAAGAAAGACGCAGCAGCAGCAGCAGCAGCAUCAUCAUCACGGGGAGAGAUCUAUAGAGGACUUCUUGCAGGAGACACCCCACAUAAGGAGACAGACAUGCGAGCAGACUUGUGACGGUAUUGUUGUUCGGGUUAAGAGACCCCAGCAGCAGCAGCAGCAGCAGGAGGAGGAGCAGGAGCAGCACCACCACCGCCACCACCACCAGCAGCAGCAGCAGGAAGGAGACGCAAACAAACAGCGAAGAGGCACAGACAUUCUUGACCCCAGCAAUCAGCUAGACAGACCCUUUGGAUGGGCGGAGUGUUACUGUGGUGGGGUUGUUGAUAUCUCCUUUAGUCUAUUGAGUACCCCCUUCCUGUUCUAA